CUGAGAAAAUGGCAAAGACGGGGCCAUGCUUCCUCUGUCUUCCUCUGCUUUUGCUGCUUCCUCUUCUCCUCCAAGCUGAGCAGAUCCUUCCUUCUGAAAUCAAGAAAAACUGCACAUAUGUAAUCACAAUAGAAACAACAUGCAUGGUGGGAGCCGAAACGUCGAACCAUGUGAGCCUAAGAUUCGGAGGCACCAAUUCAAACGACAUAGUGGUUCGUCACCUCAACUCCAAGCACAUCAGAAAAGUGGACCCAUUGCAACCUCAGGUUGUGGACGAUGUGCCCAGAAAGCCCUUUCAGGCUUGCAUGGUGGACCAGUUUCUGGUCACUGCCCCAUGCCUGGACUCUCCCAUCUGCCGUCUCUACCUCAAAAUGAUCGGCUCCGAUGAGUGGCGGCCCGGCUUUGCCCAGGUCCGCGUGCUCGGAGCGUCCUCGUCUCGCCUGAGCUCCGAUUUCUUCUAUUUCCGGCGAUUUAUGCCCAGAUAUGUUUGGCAUGGUGCUGAUGUUUGUGAUAGAGAAGUUACUCCUUUUGGUCUCAGGGAGAAAAGAAAGGUCUAUGUUAAAAUUCCUUAGC